ACUCGACAAAGAACCUCCUAGGAGAAGGAGGUUUGGCUCAACUGCCUCAACUUCCCAUCUACUCACCUUUUUUUCCUGACUACACCUGCAAAAAUGGCAAAGGCUGUCUUUCUUGUGGCAUCUUUAUUAGUUUUAGGAAAUGUUUUCUUUAGCCAAGCUGCCUUCCCUCCUAAUGUCAUCGUUGAUAUGGCAAAAGUUGUCAUGGACAAUUACUGCUCACCAGAGAAGCUGGCGGGCAUGAAGGAGGCAAUUGAAGCAGCUGGCGGCAACACAGAGGUUCUCAACAUCCCAGAUGGGGAAUCCUUGGCUCGUGUCCUCAGUGGUGGAUUUCAGCUCACCAUCAGUGACCCACGCUUGACGGUCUCCUAUGAGCCAAACUAUGUCCCUGCAGUUCCUCCUCAGAUGCCUCCUUUGCCUCCCGAGCAGCUAAUUGCCGUCCUACAGACCUCGAUCAAGCUUGACAUCCUGGAGGGGAAUAUCGGCUACUUGAGGAUCGAUAACAUCCUUGGCGAAGAGGCUGCUGAAAAGGUUGGCCCCUUGCUUGUAGACCUGGUUUGGAAUAAAAUCUUGCCAACCACAGCUCUCAUCUUUGACUUGCGCUACACUGGCAGUGGGGACAUCUCAGGAAUCCCCUACAUUGUGUCUUACUUCACCGCAGCUGAGCCUCAGAUUCAUAUUGAGAGUGUGUAUGACCGUCCCUCAGACACCACCACAAAGCUGCUUUCUAUGGGCACGCUGCUUGGGCAGAGAUACAGCACCACCAAGCCACUCAUCAUUCUCACCAGCAAAAACACCAAGGGCAUUGCAGAGGAUGUUGCCUACUCUCUCCAGAGCCUGAAGAGGGCUACGGUCGUGGGUGAGAAGACUGCCGGGGGCUCUGUGAAAGUAGAAAAAUUCAAAGUGAGUGACACUGACUUCUAUGUAACCCUCCCAACUGCAAAGGCCAUCAACCCUAUCACCGGCUCCUCCUGGGAGGUUUCAGGUGUGACCCCUGAUGUGGAAGUCAACGCUGAGGAUGCCCUUGCAACAGCCAUCAAAAUUGUCAGCCUUCGUGCCAAAGUUCCAGCCAUCAUUGAGGGAUCAGCUGCCUUGAUCACUGACAACUACGCCUUUGAGAGUGUUGGGGCUGAUGUGGCAGAAAAGUUGAAAGGACUCCUGGCAAAUGGAGAUUACAGCAUGGUCGUCUCAAAGGCAAGUCUGGAGGCCAAGCUGUCCGCUGACCUGAAGACCCUGUCCGGAGACAAGAGCCUGAAGACGACUAGCAACAUACCCGCCCUGCCCCCCAUGGUGAGACCCUCAGUAUCAGUUAAAUGAGUGUGAUGGGAUGUGAACAAACAAUGAUACUGCAAACAAAGUUUUUUAUUUAAUUAUUUACAUUCAGAGUAGCAACUGGAUUCAAAUUCAGUCAGGUCAGCAUUUUAUAGCUAGAAGAAGUUUAUAAUAUGCUUCAAACUAGCAGUAACGAGAAUGGCUAAUAACUAUUAAUCUAUUUGUUUGACAUAAAAAGAAGUUUUAAUAUUUGCUCUGAUUGCAAAAAUGAUUGCAUUAAAAAUUCUAACUUGCCGCCUGCUCUCCCCCAGGAUUACUCUCCAGAGAUGUACAUUGAGCUGAUCAAAGUCUCCUUCCACACCGACAUACUUGAGAACAACAUCGGCUACUUGCGUUUUGACAUGUUUGGUGACUUUGAGGAAGUCAAGGCCAUUGCCCAGAUUAUUGUGGAGCAUGUCUGGAACAAAGUCGUGAACUCCGAUGCCAUGAUCAUUGACCUCAGGUGGGUAAUCCUGCUCAUAGAGCAAGCUAAUUUGAAAUUCAGUGUCCGUUUCUGGAAAACAAAUCAUCUGCUAAAGCUGCUCAAGACCAUCAAACCACAUCUUUAAAUAGAGGGCUUAGACUGUCUGACUUAGUCCGGAUAAGUGAAGUGGUCUAUUUAAGGAUCUGUCUAUUUUCACCUCAGUGCCUACAUCACCUAAGUAUCUUUCAUUUCAUCAUUAUUCUUUAUCUGAUUUUACAGGAACAAUGUUGGUGGCCCAACAACCGCCAUCUCAGGAUUCUGCUCGUACUUCUUUGAUGCUGACAAGCAGAUUGUUCUGGAUAAAUUGUACGACAGACCAUCCGGCACCACAACAGAGCUCCUGACCCUGUCCGAACUUACUGGUAUUUAUAAAGAAAAAUCAAUUUAUUGUGUUUUGCUCAUUUGUGUAGUUUAGCAAACUACUGCAAGAAGCAAAGAAAGCAUUAAGUAGCUAAGAAGCCCAACAUUUAAAGAGCUGGUCAAAGUCGAAAACAGAGCUAAAAGAUAUUUUUAUUGGACAAUGUUAUAAGCUCAUUAAUACAAUGACCUAAGGCAUAAGAAAGCUGUCAGUUCAAUAUCUGAGCUGUGUUUGGUUUGCAAGAAAUCCCUCAGCACUAUUGUCUGAUUUUAAUCUCACUUCUGCACCUAAAACAAAAGAGGUCCAAAAACAAAAAUACCUCUAUAUGUGCACACUUUCUGUUUUUCUGUUAUGUCCCUAACCCUCGCUCUGUCUGACAUUUAUAACUCCGCUCUGCCUCCAUCUUAUCCUCUUCCUCAGGUGAAAGGUAUGGCUCAAAGAAGAGCCUGAUCAUCCUGACCAGCAGCGCGACUGCUGGUGCUGCAGAGGAGUUUGUUUACAUCAUGAAGAAGCUCGGCCGUGCAAUGAUUGUAGGAGAGACCACUUCUGGAGGUUCCCACCCACCCCAGAUCUUCAGUGUUGGUGAUACUGGCCUCUUCCUCAGCAUCCCCACUAUCCACUCUGACACUUCCACUGGGCCAGCCUGGGAGGGAGUCGGAAUCACACCUCACAUACCUGUGGCAGCUGAUGCUGCUCUCGGCACAGCUAAGGGCAUCUUUAAUAAGCACCUUGCAGGCCAGAAGUAAAACAACCUGAAUGAAGUCAGGGCAUUUUUAAACACUUUUGCUCUGGUAGCCAAAUGGUUACAAGAUUUAGAGUCUAGAAAAGUUCACGGAGAAAGGAAUGUAGAUUAAGCUUAAGGUACAAAGUUUAAUCUGUCAUCCAUCAUCUCAAAACCUUUUAAGCCUGCUUAUAAUGUAGAGCAAAGGUUCAACAGGAUUUACUUAAUGUUUAAAAUGCUGUUGAAUCUGACACAAAAGUAAAAGGUUCUGAGAAUGACUAGCACUGAGGGGCUAACCCUUCAAGGAAGUUUGUUGCAAAGAUCAAGAAUUCAACUUUUGAGAUGUCACAAAUUAAUUAUGUUAGAUCAUUUGAUCUGGACCUCUGUGUAUUAACCUGUUUGUUGGCACUUGUCAGAAAACCAUCACAAAAUGAUAAUGUGGGGACAAUGCUGUGUUAAACCGGGAUUGUUUUAAAUUCAGAGCUGAGACACAAUAAAAAGAGACAAAUUCAUUAAAAAUAA